UUAUUCUUACCACACUUUAACCACAGCGUAUAAGACAGAUAAGAUUAUUAAGGGCUCUAAUUAAAAAGAACAUGUCUGACUUCAAGCUGUAUUACUUUCCAUUCAAAGGCAGAGCAGAGCCAAUCAGAAUCCUCUUUGCCUACAAGGGAAUCAAGUAUGAGGACAUACGUAUACCUAAAGACAAGUGGCUAGAGUUCAAGCCCCAGACACCAUUUGGAUCUAUGCCAGUUCUUGAAGAGGGAGGAAAGAAACUAGGAGGGAGUCUUGUUGUAUUGCGUUACUUGGCUGAGAAGCCAGAAUUUGGUGCUGCUGGAAGCAAUGCUUGGGAGAAUGCCUGGCUGGCAAAUAUUGCUGAUUUUGUUAACGACUUUUCAAAUGAACUCAUUAAAGUCGUAUUUGAAAAGGACGAAGAUAAGAAAAAGGAACUGGAUGCAAAAUUCAUUGCCGAAACUGUUCCAAAGUACCUUGGAAGGUUAAACGAGAUGGCUACAAGCACCGGAUAUCUUUGCUGUAAUAGACUCACCUAUCCUGAUAUCUUUUUGUAUUAUAUGAUUAUUGGGAUUGCACAGCAAAGGCCACAAGUCCUUGAAAGUUAUUCGGGUCUCUUGCAACUUAUUUCGAAUGUGGAGUCUGAUCCUAACAUUGCCAAGUGGCUGAAGGAACGACCACAAACUGAUAUAUAGAACUUUGUAGUAGUAGAACAAUAAUCAAUAGCUAAUUACUAUUAGAGUAACAUAACAAGAAUAGCUGUUAUGUAAAUUUGAAUCAUCCCACCAGAGUAUGUGCAUAUCAGUCAAUUUUGAAGUCUCUGACAUUUUUGUUGCUUUAAAA